CUUCCUUCUGGUAGUUCUGGCACUGCCAGGCUCCCAGCUUUACAGCUCAAGAAGUGCUGGGAGCUGUCUGAUAAAUCAAAAAGCGCUGCUGCCUAGUGAAUUAAAUAGCACUGCGGCUGGCAUGCAGGGUGCUUACUCCCCUGGGGAGAGCAGUUUUCUCGCAGGGUGCCACACAGCUUGUGUUCAGCUUGAGCAAGAGGCGCUGGAACGUGGGGACUUGGCUUCUUGCAGGGCAUCACGCAGCAGCCCCGCAGUGUCGAGACGCCAGCUGGAAACCUGUCCUUACGGACAACGACACGAAGAGCACGACGAGCACCGCAAACCCCCAGCUGCGGUUUCCCUGCGGGCUCGCAUUUUGGCACAGCUGUAUCGCAAAGCGGAGCCACGUGGGCCCCGACUGCGGUGCUGGGCUGCAUCCAGCCUCCUGCUUGCAUCCCCAGAGCCGCCUGCCCCUCGCCCCGCUGCAUCCGGCACCUCCUCCGGCUCGGCCCGCCCCGGCAGCAGCAGGGCUCGGAGCAAACUUUGCAGGAAGUGCCGGGGCUGAGCCGAGCCGUGCCGGGCUUGGCCGAGCCACACAAGGGCGGCCGGGCUUUUGGGACGCGGGUUUUGUGUGCCAGGGACGGGGCGCAGGGAGCCGUCCUCCCUCCUCUUCCUCACCCCGGCUGCCUCGCGGUGCCGCCGGUGCCUGCCUGCGCGGCAAGUCGGAGCAUGUCCGGACCCCGUGGACAAGACGCAGAAGAUGGCAGAGCUGCUGGGGCUCGGGGACGAGCGCGGGGAGGGGGCUUCGGGGGCUCCUACGCUCGCCGACUCCUGCCUGGCGGACAACAGGCUCAAUCUGGACGUGUACCCCGACGGCUGCCGCCGGCUCCUGCAGCUCUUCGAGGGGCGGCGGGGAGAGGUGGUGCAGGUGGAGUUCCUGCGGCUCAGCAGCAACGAUCGCCUCCUUGGCGCUGUGCUGGGCAUCCUGCCUCGUCUGAAGCACCUCAAGUCCCUGGUGCUCAAAGGUGGCCAUGCCAGGGACGAGUUUGGCUCAUGUCAGCACGGCUCCCUGACAAGCUUGCCACCAGACGUUGGGAGCCUGAGGUGCCUCACCCACCUGGAUCUCAGCUUCAAUAGCCUCUCCACCUUGCCCAGCUGCAUCCCUUGCCUCCCCAGCCUCCGCGUGCUCUCGGUGAGCCACAACAGCCUGGUGGCGCUCCCCGAGGACUUCGGCUCUCUGAGCAAGCUGACUUUCUUCUCCGCUAUGAAAAAUCAGCUGAAGGACUUACCUCAGAGCAUUGGGGACCUGGCAGCGCUGAAGGACCUGGAUCUUUCAGAAAAUGCUUUGGAAGUCCUCCCUGAAGAGGUUGGAAAUCUGCACAGCUGCACACAACUGGAUCUUUCUGGGAAUCUGUUGUCGAGCAUUCCAGACUCCGUAGGCAAUUUGAAGUCUCUGCGGCGGCUGCAUCUCCACAGCAAUCUCCUGGUGACAGUCCCCGCGUCGCUCGCCAGCCUGCCCAACUUGUCCAGGCUCGAUCUGCAGAACAACUGCCUCCGUACCGUCCCCCCGGAGAUCCAGACCUUGCCUUUCGUGCACCUCCGAGGCAACCCCUUAGGAGAAACGGAGCCGCCCCCGCAGGCAGAGGGAUCCGGUGCCACAGAGCUACAAAGACUGUUCCUCGCAUCAGGAGAGGACAGCUUUACUGUGACUUCUGAAGGCUGCGAAGUGAUCCUGGCCUGUGGCAUCCAUUUCUGCUUUCCACCGGGGGCUGCCUCUGACCCUGUGCGGAUCGACUUCCGAACCCUGGAGCCAGACCCUCGGUGGGUGAAGCUGAGACACCAUGACAUCCUGCUGAGCAAGGUCCUGGAGCUGCAGCCUCACGGGGUCAAAUUCCAGCAGGAGGUGCAGAUCUGGAUGCCGUAUGCCUCCCCGCAAAGCCUCCGCCAGCGUGAGGUGGUUGUUCGGACCUUCAGUGGGCACAGCUGGAGUGAUCUGAGAACACAAGUGGAGCAGGAGACAAAAUCAAAGAAGCACGUGGCUCACUGUCGUGUCCUUCACUUCUCCUGGUUCCUUGUUGUGUCUCGACUUGUGCAAAAUGAAUGCCAAGUGCCCACAGAGGGGACCUUGCUCUUUUCCAGCGUGGAUCCGAACAUCAAAGUGACCUUCCCUCCUGGAGUCACGGAGGAGACUCGCAAUGUCAAACUCCAGGUGCUGCCGGUCUCUGCAGAAGAGAUAGCGGAACUCACGGCUGACGCGGGGUGCAGAGCCAGUCCUCUGCUCUGCCUCUCCCAGGACUCCCUGGUGGAUUUUCUCAGGCCUGUGAGAAUUCAGCUCCCCCUCCCCUUCGGGGUCACAGGGUUAAACUUGGAUCGGUCAAGGCUGCAUCUGCUCCGUGGGGACGUGCAGGGCCAAACCUGGGAUGACAUUACGAGCCAGGUGGUGCUGGAAUUCACCCACCUCUAUGCAGUGUUUGAAGUCACCCACUUCUCCUGGUACUGGCUGUGGUAUACCACCAAGACCUACAUUGGAGGCAUUGCCAAGAAGGUCUAUGAGCGGUUGCGCAUGUACCAGGUGAACUUCAUUGCUCUGCAGAGGAAGAAGGACCCCGAGCAAGUCCUGCUGCAGUGUCUCCCCAAGCACAAGGUUGACCCAGUGUUGAAGAAGCUGCAGGACCGCUACCGAGGACCCGAGCCAUCCGACAUGGUGGAGAUGUUUGAAGGAGAGCAGUUCUUUGCAGCUUUUGAGCGCGGCAUCAGCAUUGAUAUGGAUCGCCCUGACUGUGUGGAUGGACGUCUCUCGUUUAUUUUUUACUCCCACUUGAAGAACAUGAAGGAAAUCUAUGUGACUUCCCCUGUAGACAGGAAGGGCCAAGCUGUAAAAGGCCAGGUCUCUUUCUACCGAGGGGCAGUUCCCGAGAGCAUCCCUGAAGAGGCCAGCAGGAGGAGGAAAGGACCAGACUCCCUCUGGCUUGCUACUUUGCCAAUCAAACUGCCUAGGCUGAAACCCCGCUGGGGUGAGAACCCCAGACCCCAGAAUGGUUUCUCCUUCUCUCCCCUGAACCUGGGCAAUGCUGAGACGGGCUACCUGACUCAGGCAAACCUGCUGAGCAUCGCCAGGCGCGUGGGAGCCGACUGGCAGACCAUCGGCCUGAACUUGGGCUUGACCUAUCAGCAGAUUGAGCGCAUAGGGUACAACAACAGAGAGGACCUCGAUAAGCAGAUCCUGGACAUGCUUUUCUCAUGGGCUCAGCAAAACUCCGAGGAUCCUGACUGCGUGAGCAAGCUGAUCAAAGCCAUGAAAGAGAGCGGCCGCCAGGACAUCGCUGACGAGGUUGAAAGCAUCAUUGAGCUGGGGCGGCAGAAAUACAGGGAGUCCAUCCGCCGGGUGGGCUUGGAGCAGGAGAGCAGCACCGAGGACUCUGCAACAGCCACGAUGUAGCACCUGGCAGAAGGAAGCAGGCUUCGUAUGGGGGCUCCCUCUGUGUCCCUGGGGUGACAACGCCUUAGGGCUGCUCCCCAGGGGCCAGUGUCUUCCUGAGGAGUUGGCCAUUGAUUCAGUUGUGAGCAGACUACCGAGCUCUGUUGGGUCUAUACUCGCACGCCACUUCUGCUGGUGGAAAUUUGUAGUGGCCAGGCAGUUCACAGUGCAUUUAUGAGCCUCUCCUGUACUUCUCAACCUUAAGCUUUAGGUUUCAGAAACAGGAAGAAGUUCAGAAACUAAAGCGUCUGCCAGUUGAGUAGUGGCUAAAGUAGCCUUCAGUUAAUUAAUACUGAUUUUACAUAUAUAUCUGAAACUGUCUUCUGCUGGAAAAACAGGGUGUGAGCAUCUGCCAGUAGGUCUGUGUGUGCUCCGGUGCUUGAUGAGAAAGUGGAGGUGCAAUCAUGGUGAGAAGUCAAAUGGUGCAGUGGGGACUGUUCAGCUGUUUCUGUCCAUUACGUGCAUUGCUCACACGAAAAUGUGAGCUGUAUUCCCCAUGAGAAUGUUUACUGUUUUCUGCCAAAUCUCUUCUGGUUCCCUCAAGGCCAAAACAAAACCUAAGGCUUUGUGAGGAAAAGAGAAGAAAAGAAUUUCUAGCAUUUUUGGGGGGGCUCCAAAAGCUAUUCUGGAGCAAGUAAGGAUGUUUCACACUGUCCCUAGGCUCCCGCACCUGCCAGGCUUGUUAGAUGAGAUCUACAAACUGGUGGUCUUUGAUAGAGUACCAGUUUUAUUUUACAAAUAAAUAAAAGUCAAUAACCCCGCUGUUUUGGAAAGACUCUAACUUGGCUGAAAGUAAAAUUUCCCUUGCAGUUUCAAAGGGUUAUUCCUCACAUCCUCUUUGUGAAAUGUGCCCGUGUACUAGUGAAGGAGUUUGCAGAGCUUGGUGAAAAGCAUGAUAUAAAUUUGCAUUUUAGAAACUGGUCCGGCCACCUGUGAGAUAAGCACUGUUAUGGGGUUGGCUUGAACUGUGCCAAGCUAACCUCCCGGUUUUGCAAUCUGAACAUCUUGUAAAAGGCUGUAAGUAUUUAUUGUUAUUUAACUGUCCUCUCGCUGACUGCUGAGGUGCCCUUCUCCUCCUGUCACCCAUCUCGUAGUGUGCCUUAGCUAAUGGCCCACUGACGGCAGUGGGAAGCUGCACGCAAGCUUUUUGGAACAGCGCUGUAAUCUGUGUGUAUUCAGCUCUUUCAGGACACGUUUGGACUCAGUAUAUCCCGCUCUAAGCAAUAUUUAAAGGGCUGUUCCCAGUCUGCAAACCUGUAUAAAAAUGCCAGGUUAUAACACCCAAAGUCAGCCUGCAGCUGCAGGUCUGAGAAGUCCUUGUGCUUUCUUCCCCCAGUGAAGAAUCAUCAGUGAUUUCCCUGAUGCUGUGCUUCAGACCUCCCAUCAGUAUUGAAAGAGGAGCAUAAAAUUGUUGCUCUUUUUUGUUUGUUUUUAAAGGACAUUCUUACGUCUCAGGCCACAGAGCGCGUGGAAUGGGUGUUACAGCACUGGACAAGGACUUGUAGACUGACUCAGAUGUGAUUUCUCAGGCCAUGCUGCCCCUCAAGUUUCGUGUCGGGUUUGUCAGCAGUCCUCUUUUGUGUGCGUGGAAUCUCCGGUAGCCCGUGUCAUUUGUUCUUGUCUGUAAUUUUGAUGUACACCAACAGGGUAUUUGGUUUUUCCUCCAGUUUUGGAGAGAUGCAUUAGGGCAUAUUGCUCUCAUUGGGAAUAAUAAAAAAAAAAACAACCACUUACCUGUUUCAUGUCUCUGCGUGAUCUGCUAACCCAUAAGUGCCUCGAGGUACUUGCUGUGUUACAGCUGGGUCCUUUUCACCUGCUGGCAGAAAUAAGGAGGUGAGCUUGGCCAUGCUGCAUGGAAAUGGGGAGAAGAGUCCAGGGGGAGCAGGUCCAGGCAGCAGUAGGAGAGACGGAGGGUAGUGCUAAGCAUUACGGUUACUAAAGGUCUGUGCUACAACCAGGCCAGGCGACGGGAGAUACACAUGCCAAAUCCUAGGCAGGAUCAUCGGGGGAAUCAUCAGGACUUGUGCAGACAACGUAACAAAAGGGAAGUUAAGUCACUGCCCCAGAGAUGUGCUGGUAUCUGUCCUUCCCUGCCGAGCAGCAGCCGCUGGGCCGGUAGCCUUGGUGGCAGCAGGACUUCUUGUAGCGGCACCAAAGCAAGCGCUGGGCUGGGAAUAUGGAGGUGCUCGUGGAAAAUCAGAGCAACCGCCCCACUGCUCUUUUCUUCAGCUGACUUGGCAUCAAAUAUUUGAGCUGGAUGAGAGUCAACAGAAAGCAUGCUAUUUUCAGGCGCGUUAUCUUUAUCGAUAAUCUCUUCGAGGCACAGUAACUCCUUCUCAAACCUGUAGUUGCUGUGGCUGGGAAGUGCUGGUAACAUUGCAGUAUGUGGCUGAAGCAGCAAAAAAAGAUGUGGCAUUUAUCCUUUGGUUCCUAUUUUCCUCUCUUCUUCCACAAACCGAUUACAAUUCCUGAAAUUGACUGCCAUCAGAGACAGUCAAAAUAAAAUAAAGGGGAAAAUUGUUCUUAUUUUUCUCCUCUUUGGCUGUAAUGUGUACAUCUCUGUAGCUCUCAUAAUCCGACCCUCUUCCACCUCCUAUAGCCCUACAGACCUCCAGCAGCAUGAUCCAGGGCCUCGAACAGUGCAUUUCCCAUGCAUGCCAUGCCUUCUGCUCCCAGCUCCUGCUAAUCGCAGCACUCCUCUAGCCGCCAGGGGCUAACAGACCCAGAUAAAAUGCUUCCAGCCCAUACAUGGCUUAAACAUUAAUAAAAUUAAUUGGUGAGAAAUGAAAGCCUAAGCAAAGCUCAGAUCAGUUUGUUAAUUAGAAAACAACACCGGCAAAGCCUGGCUGUGUCCAGGCAGGGGUUUUAAACGCUUGACACGGCCCCGACAGUGAAGUGGUGUACAAUUCCCAGUGUAGGACCUGAAGGGAAUGUGGACGGGGCAGUCAGCUCACAUGGGCUGCACUCAGUUUGUCUGCUGUUGGCCAGACAAAAAUGCUACAAAGCAGCACAGAACCAUCGGACGGCUCUAUUAAGGGACAGGUGAUAGCUGUGGUGUUUUGGGGACUGGCUGGUCCAGCCAUGACCCAGCAGAGCUUGCUAGGAGGGAGCACAGAAGCUGCCCUACCAGUAGAUAAGUUUUCCUGCUGAUCGGUACCAUACGGUUUCUCUUCAUGCCCAUACUUGACUGUGUUAUGCUGCUCUUAAAAGGGAAAGAAAAUCCGAGUCCCCUCAAAUGCACUGUUUUCCCCCAAAAGGAGGAUCACAGCAGCUUUCACUGGGAAAGGUAUGGGGCAGAGCCUUGAGGUGAGCCCGUCAUCCUCAUUAGUUGUACGUUGUUCAAAUAAAGCAAACAGCCUUUGGUACAAAUGUGUGUCCAUGUUCUGAACUCCGCAGAAAUAAAUUUUGUGUUCUUAAAGCACACAAUUUCUUCUUAUUUUCCUGUAAAUCUGUGUGGCCUGAAAACCCAUGGGGAGAGUCUGAUGCUCGCUCCAGACCUCAGCUCCCUUGAAGAAGCUCUGUGCCUGGGAAAUGUAGAAGCCAGGCAGGCAUCGUGAAGGUGGAAAAUUUUGCCUCUACCCUUCCUGCCUCGCAGUAGGCCUGUGUUUUCGACCCGUGCUGGCGGUUGCUUUGGGAAGGCGGGAUAGGAUCCUUCUGCACGAUUUGCUCAUUGAACACCGGAGCAGCUCUUGCCUUUUCCAGGUAGGAGACAGAGGAACUGGGAAAUGCGCAAAGGGUAGGAGGGAUGCUCAGAGAAGGAUAUCACGGAGCAUUUUUUAUUUUCUUGGGAAGGAAUUAAGACUGAGUAGGUGGUUGCCAUCCGCUGUUUCACGACUAGGUGGCAGCAAAUGAAAUAGUCCAACAGCACCUGCCAAAAAAGCCGAAAGGAAGUACUUUUUUCCCCCCGCUGUGCAUAGUUCUAAAGCUGACUCAUUGCUGUGAAAUGUUUGAGGUCAAACUAUAAAUGUCGCGUUCGGAAAGUAAUUGGGUGAAUUGGUGGGAAAACGAUCCGCUGAAAGCCAAGUGAACACAGCGAGCCGAGCGCCUUCCCAAGCCUUUCUCAGGCAGGAGAGACUAACGAUGCUGAGCUGUGAUCCCCCUGCUUUUGCUGGACAGAAGUGGCAGGAGGGUUUGCUGGCCAGCUAGAGAGGAACGCUUAUGUGGUCCAAGCAUCAGGGACUUUCCUCCUGCUGUUUGUUAGGCAUUUGAAUCAAACAGCUGCUAAAAAUACAGCUGCAGCCUCCCUCCACGGAGUCAUCACUCCAUGGGAACAGACAGACCAUCCUCGCUGGCAGUCUUGGGCUCUAGGGGACGACAGAGGCAGGCGUGGGGCAGAGCUGUCCCCUCCUGUGCCCCAGUCACUCCCCACCUGCAUCCGCUUCCUCUCUCCUUUCGUUAAGGUGUAGAUGUAAGGUUGAGUGUCAACACCAAAAAAUGAAACCGGACCUGCUGGUUCAGUGGUUUCCGGGUGAUUCCCAGCGUCCAAGCCGACAGCCAGCUUUGAAUCCGUGAAUCAUUUAAUUAAUCUUUGAAUCAGCUAAUACUCUUUCGCUGUAUUUUUAGCGGUCGGAUGCUGGAUGCCUCUCACAUCACCUCUGUGCUGUUAACUCUGGCAGCCUAUCCUAUGAUCCUAGUGAAGAAUGAGAUCAAGCUUGUUUGAGAUUGAUUCUUCCUGAAAAUGAUGUUGACUGGUGUUAAUAGUACGUUACUGCCUCUCCAACCGUUAUCGGUUAAGUUGUCUACCAGCACUCUGAUUACCGUGUCCAGGGUGGCCACCAAGCUCGUCAGAUCUGUCUUUUUUAGUGUCGGUUUAAUACCCACACUCAUCACGCGCUUGGGGAUUUCUCCGGCGCUCCGUGAUUUAUUAAAAUAGAAAGCAAUGCAAAUGGGGAAGGAAGCUGAAAAAUGCAACCUCGUGAAAGCCUCUUCCCCUGCCAGCAGACUGCAUUCGACCCGUUUCCUCAGCAGCACCAAAACAGCCCAUAUCCUCUCUGUCAGCCAGGCUGACGUUUUCCUCGCUUUCCGCUCCGACAAGCCAUGCGGGAUUUUGAGAUCUCAAUUCCGCACGGGGAAAGGCAUGGGGCAGAGAAACACGAAACGUUUCCUGCCCUUCUCUGGGUGGCUGAACCGUGCCACGCAGCGGGUUUCUCUGCACGGGAGGGCCUGAGCUCUGCUCCUCGCCACGUGUGGAAGGGCAGGGGGUGCGAGCCCGUGGCUGCGAUCUCGCCCGGUCACCUUGUAGCAGAUCAGACAGCACAGGCUGCUGCUGCUUUUGAAGCUCCACUUUGUACCCAGCAGUUUUAAAUUUUUUCUUGUGCUCUGUCAGGAGAAAAAAAUUUAUGUUUGAGAGCACAGGAAACCUUGACAACCUGGCACUUGCUGAAUGCGAAUUCUCUUCCUCUGCUUUUUUUUUUAUCCCCUCUCUUGAAGGCUGCCAGAGGAAGCAGGUCCUUUGCUCCAUGCAGGUUACAAAGAGCAGUUGUUCUUAUGCAGCAGAACCGAAAAUAAAAACGGGUGAUUUUGCAGUCCUAUUAAAACUCAGCUUAAAGCUGGCCAGCGUUAACCUCUUCUUUGCCAGGGGACAGCACUGUCCAACCAGCCCAUCUACAGGAUGGCAAGAUACGAUAAAUAGCAAAAUCUGUCCCCAGCUAUCCACACUGAGUUCAGUUCGGCUUUUGUCCGUGUGAAACCUACUGAUGCCUUUGCAAAUCAGGGCAGAAUGGGGACCCAAGGAAGGCACAGGCAGGGCCAGAUGCCUGGCUGUUCUCUGCCCAGCUCUGUAGCCCCUGGAGGUGACCCUGGGGGAUGCCACUGGUGGCACAGAAGCAUUAUGAAAACAAGUCUUAACUAUAUUCCCCUAACACAACUUGCUCGGAUCCUGCUGCUGUUAACUGAAGCAAACCAGCUAGGGAUGGAGGCAGCAUGAAGAGCCCUGUGUCGGUGCCUGCCGGAGCAUCCAUCCCGCCUGCUGCCCGCACCUUGCUGCCUGUGGUGGUGACAAGGCUGCAGGGCUGCACAGACCACGCUGGUAGCUCCCUGCCCAUGGCAUGGCCCAUGUCGUGUGACACGGGCUGAACAAAACGGCCCAUGCCCCUCCAUCAGGUGAUGGGUUCCCUUUAGUCACACCGUGGGCCAGCAGCUCUGUGUCCCCUCACACCAGCAUGGCUGCACGUGGGGGACACACCUGCAUUUCGGCCCUGGGAUGGAUGCCCAGCUGAUACAUGCCAAAAAAAUCCUGUGGUGUGCAGGUCUCCCUCCAGCCAGCUGCCAAACGGUCAGGUACCAUCUUUCUGGAAUGAGCUUUGCCACCACCAGCCACCAAAUGCUGCAUUUUCUCGUGCUUUUCCCAGCCCAGGCUGAAAAGUGCACGAGCUUUUUCACCUACAUCCAGCUCAUUAGCAUUGGCUUGUGAUAUUUCACCAGCCCCUGGUUAACAUCUUUUUCUCACCUUGGGUCACAGGUCUGACUGUGAUAACAGGCUCCUCUCAUUUUCAGGCACGUGCACCUCUCUGCCACGUCUGGGCUGUUCGUCACGUCUCCAUGUAAUUGCCACUUGUGUGUGUGCAGCAUUCUCGUUAGCCUGAUGUGCUCCCCCAUCCUUGUAGUUGCUCUUCUCUGAUCAUCUCUGAUUUGUUGCACACCCUAACUGUGUAUUAGUGCUCUGCCAGCCUGCUCACCUCCUGCAGGUGAACUCACUGUGUCUUUACAGUGUAGUGCCAGGUGAACAAUGCUAUUACAGAAGCGUUCCCUGGAGAUCUUCCCUUCUUUAUGGCUGUCAUCCCAAGAGCCACAGAGGUCUGCCUGGCAGCUGCUGUCCUCCUGGUCUCCUCUGUUAUUUUCCAGAGCUUGUUGAAGUAGUCUCUGUGGUGUUUGUUUGUUUGUUUUGUAAAAGGAGUCAGGUUUGGAGCCCCUGUGUAGUGUUUCUCCAUCUGUGGCUCAUCUCCAUAAAAACCCAGCCUGACCCUGAAGCAUGCAUCGGCUCCUUAUUCCUUGCAUACCUGGUGGUUUGUGGCCCAGGCUGCAUUUCUGUGUGGCUGGAAUGGUUUUUGGAGGAGCCCAGAGCCCAGUUCUUGUUUUUGGGCCCCUGGUUGUCUGAAAUCCUUGGAAUAGCACAGGCAUAUUGCUAUCAGAUACCAUGCUAAAACCCCGCUGUGUCCUUCCUUUUAAUUCUGCUUAAAAAAAGCGAUCCCCUUUGCCAGACAGGAGCUGUCUUUCCAAAACCCCAUCUGCUUUCUGCUGGCCAGCUGUGGGGCCACCCCAAACCAGGAGGCCUGAUCGUGGCUGGGAUUGCUCCAGUCUCCCCACUGCGUUGCACGUGUGUGCUUGCAUGACGGUGCCGCAGCCCUUUCCGCCUCCUCAGUGCCCAUCAGAGGUGUCGUUCCCAAUUUGCAGAAGUGAGAAAAUCAGAAUCCAUCUGUUCCAGUGCAAAAACUGGGCAAAAACAACAGAAAACAGCACUUUCCGCACACCGCCUUGGGUGUUUUGGCAGAGCUGGUGCUUGGGGGAGCCGCAGGAAAAUUGAGUUAAUUGUUAAAAGAGGGGUAAGGCCCCUUGGUGGCUGCUGGCUGGGACAUGUAGGGUGUCACCUGCUGCUGGUGGAGUGAGGGGCUCUUCUCAGCCCCUUUGCACAUCCCCAAUACUGUCCUGAGCUUAUAAAAAUGUGAAAACGAUGCCUGCAUGUGGCCUGGAGAUGUUACAGCUGGGCAGCCAUGCUCAGCAAGGGACAGAAUAUCAUCACCCAUGUGAUGACAACCAGCUUGGCCUUUAUUUUGUAGAUAACAGCAAGUUUUGGGGGUUUUGCUUGUUAUUUUACCGGGGCUGGAAGGAUGCUCUCCAGGUAGCAAGAUGACGGACUGGUGGGUUUGGUGGGCACACCACCAGCCAUUUAAUAGGGGCAAGGAUGGCCAGGAGGGUUUUUUUGAGAGAAAAAUGCCUGUUUUUCAGAGAUUAGGUUCAGUCUGUGGGUGCUGUUGGGUCUGGAGCCCUCGGACGGAGUCGGAUUCAGGGGACCGAUGCCACAGGAACCGAUGCCGCGGGGCCAGGCUCCUCCCCGGGGAGGCCGGCGCUGAUCACUCCCCCCCUGUUUUAAGCAAUUUGCCGUGAAAUCCCUCAGGGAAUAUAUUUUUGGGGGGGGCUGCUCGUGGCCGACAGAGCCUGCAGGAUCCCCACAGCCCCUUCCCGGGAGGGAGGAAGAACGGAGGCCGCGGCCCGCUCCGGGCCCCGGGCCCGUGUUGCUACGGCGACGCGGCGGGCGGGGAAGGGCCCGGCGCUUUUCCUGCACCGAGCACGGCCACAGAGGGCAGAGCUGAGCCGAGCUGAGCCGAGCCGAGCCGAGCCGAGCCGAGCCGAGCCGAGCCGCCGGACAGGAGCUCCGCACCCCGCUCCGCACCGGCCUCCGGCCCCGGCGGGAGGCGCCGCCGCCCGGCCCGG